AUGGCGGAAUUCGUGCGGUCCCAGAUCUUUGGUACCACCUUUGAAAUCACUAGCCGGUAUACGGAUUUGCAACCGGUGGGCAUGGGAGCCUUCGGGCUGGUCUGCUCUGCGCGAGACCAAUUGACCGACCAGCCUGUGGCAGUCAAGAAAAUCAUGAAGCCCUUCAGUACUCCCGUACUGUCCAAGCGCACCUACCGCGAGCUGAAGCUGCUCAAGCAUCUCCGUCACGAGAAUCAGUUCAUCCAGUACUUCCUUUACCAGAUUCUGCGUGGCUUGAAAUAUGUCCACUCCGCCGGUGUGGUUCACCGAGACCUCAAGCCUAGCAACAUUCUCAUCAACGAAAACUGCGAUCUGAAGAUCUGCGACUUUGGUCUCGCGCGAAUUCAGGACCCGCAGAUGACUGGCUAUGUCUCCACACGGUACUACCGAGCCCCCGAGAUCAUGCUCACCUGGCAGAAGUAUGACGUUGAGGUGGACAUUUGGAGCGCAGGCUGCAUUUUCGCCGAAAUGCUGGAGGGAAAGCCACUUUUCCCAGGAAAGGACCACGUCAACCAAUUUUCCAUUAUCACCGAGCUGCUGGGCACUCCUCCGGAUGAUGUGAUUCAAACCAUUUGCAGCGAAAACACCUUGCGCUUUGUCAAGUCCCUCCCGAAACGCGAGCGUCAAAAUCUGGCCCUGAAGUUCCGGGGUGCCGAUUCCGACGCCGUGGACUUGCUUGAGCGAAUGUUGGUCUUUGACCCGAAGACACGAAUCCGAGCUGGAGAAGCGCUGGCGCACGAAUACCUUGCUCCCUACCAUGACCCCACAGAUGAGCCGGUCGCUCAAGAGAAGUUCGAUUGGUCAUUUAACGAUGCGGACUUGCCCGUGGAUACCUGGAAAAUCAUGAUGUACUCCGAAAUCCUCGAUUUCCAUAACAUCGAACAAAACACCGAGGCGGGUCAGGCCCUCGUCGCUGGUGGAGUGCAGCCACCACCGCAGGCUUUCGCAUAA